AGGUCAAGUACCGGUAGCUGAAAUGUUUAUCUGUAAACAGUACGGUCCAAAGUAUUAUACCAGUUGAUUUUAGCCAUCAGAUGGUGGGUGUAAUUUAAGGAAUAUAGCUUUCUACUGAAUAUUUAUAAAAGGUGAUCAAGAUGGCUACGUUUUCUCAGCAACUUUGGCUAAAGGCUCUGAUUCAUUUAUAGACUGUUGUUCGUCUUGUCUAGGCACACAAUUGACCAUAGAGUUUUACUGCGAUAACUGUGCAAAAUGUUUUAGCCUGCACAUGUCACAUAUGGAAGGAGGGACACCAGUAUAUGGCCAGUGCCAAAGGAAGUGGAUGAUUUUCUUCAGGAAUGUGACCUUCAUGAAGACAAACGUCUAGACUUUUUUGUUAUGACCACUGUCAGCUUUGCUGCAAUAAUUGUGCUUUCCUCAUUCACAGGUAACACUGAAAAUGGCUGAAAAGUUGACUCUAUGAAGACAAGUUUGUUGAUGUUAGCAUCAUGGCAAGUUUAGCUGAUGUGUUUAAGGAGAAGGAACGGUCGAACUGGCUUAAGGCAUGGCUAGCAAUAGACAUUGCGAAGUCUGGUUUGGAGCACUUAGCUGACAACGAGGCUCAGACUUUUCACCAGCACAUUUACAGCCAAGUAACAUCUACUCUCCAGUCACAAUCAUAUACUUGCAACAGCUGUAACACAGCAAAUUUACUGGGAAACCAACAGUGUCCAGUCAAGGUUUGUAAUAAAGUUUGCCAGGAAAUAAUCAAGGAACAUCGGUACAAAAAAUGUUCUUGGAAUAAUACAUCUGCGACAUUAUGGCAAACGAGUCAUUGGGAAAUAGCGAAAUGUUACAUCCAAACAGAUGGAUAUGCUGACAAGAUAUCGAUUCAAGAUACAGACUUCAACGGCGUCGUCAGUUUUAUGCUGAACUGCAAACGCUUUGAUAGCAAGUUUUCUUUUCCAAUAACAAAGGGAAAGCCAACCCACAACAAUCCUGCAUGCCUCCUGUAUAAGGCUCGUGAAGUCCAUAAAGCAGUGCGGCACUCUUCAAUAAUGAAAGUCACUGAUGUCGAUCUCCAAGACUAUUUCACAUCAUUGAACAACCUGCUGAAUGAUUCAAGCUAUCUCAGUCAAGAUAACGUUGCCAAAAAUGCUGUGGUGAAAUUAGCCCAGAUUUCACAAACAGAAGGCGAGUCUGCGUCUCAUAUUGAGUUUGACCUGGCAUCGUGCAACAAGCUGGAAUCAUUGGAACUGAAUGGAAAAGGCAUUUUGCUCAGUGAAUUUGCAAGUACGUCAACGGCAGAACAUCUGGUCGGGAUUGUUCUAAAAAGUGAAGAUCUAUUCCAGUGUGCAGAUCCUCCUCCAUUACUGCCUUCUAUAAAAUGCAUUAAAAUGAGGAAUGUCACAUGUUCCUAUACCUGCCUACGCUGUCUAUUCUGCACGCUGCUGACUCUCGAUCACGCGUUGACGUUUGACCUGCAAUCGAUCUAUAUUAAAUGUGCUGAGGCAGCAAAAAGAGAAAUAAGCGCAUUUAUACAUAAAGAUGUAAACAAUUCCUCCAUCGUAAAAACCGAAAAUGACAAUCCCUAUCUGUUUAAGGCUCUGCAUGGUCUGAAUAUCAAAAGUCUCAGUCUGAGUAUUAUGCAGGGAGGUUUGAACGUGGAUCAUGAAGAAUCGCUGUCGCAGUUACUGUCAUCGCUCACACAGCUGGAAACGCUUAGUAUUCGAGUGAGGUUUGACAGUUCCGGACUGUGGAAGGCUCUGCAUGGUCUGAAUAUCAAGAGUCUUAGUCUGAGUGGUUUGCUGUACGUGGGGCAUGUUGGGUCUCUGUCGCAGUCACUAUCAUCGCUCACAAAGCUGGAAACGCUUAGUUUAGAAGUGAAAUAUGACAUUACCGGACUGUCUCUGCAUGGUCUGAAUAUCAAGAGUCUGAGUCUGAGUCUCACACAGCUGGAAACGCUUAGUAUUCGAGUGGGGUAUGACAGUCCCGGACUAUGGAAGGCUCUGCAUGUUCUGAAUAUCAAGAGUCUGAGUCUGAGUGUUGAGUGUGGAGUGGCUGAUGAAGAGUCGCUGUUGCAGUCACUAUCAUCGCUCACACAGCUGGAAACGCUUAGUAUUCGAGUGGGGUAUGACAGUCCCGGACUAUGGAAGGCUCUGCAUGGUCUGAAUAUCAAGAGUCUGAGUCUGAGUGUUGAGUGUGGAGUGGCUGAUGAAGAGUCGCUGUUGCAGUCACUAUCAUCGCUCACACAGCUGGAAACGCUUAGUAUUGAUGUGGGGUAUGACAGUCCCGUACUAUGGAAGGCUCUGCAUGUUCUGAAUAUCAAGAGUCUGAGUCUGAGUAUUAUGCAGGGAGGUUUAAACGUGGAUCAUAAAGAAUCGCUGUCGCAGUCACUAUCAUCGCUAAAACAACUGGAAACGCUUAGUAUUCGAGUGAGGUUUGACAGUUCCGGACUGUGGAAGGCUCUGCAUGGUCUGAAUAUCAAGAGUCUUAGUCUGAGUGGUUUGCUGUACGUGGGGCAUGUUGAGUCUCUGUCGCAGUCACUAUCAUCGCUCACAAAGCUGGAAACGCUUAGUUUAGAAGUGAAAUAUGACAUUACCGGACUGUCUCUGCAUGGUCUGAAUAUCAAGAGUCUGAGUCUGAGUCUGAGCAUUAUGCCUGGAAGUUUGAACGUGGAUCAUGAAGAAUCGCUGUCGCAAUCACUAUCAUCGCUCACACAGCUUGAAACGCUCAGUAUAAAAGUGAAGUAUGACAGUCCCGUAUUGUGGAAGGCUCUGCAUGGUCUGAAUAUCAAGAGUCUGAGUCUGAGUGGUAAGUGGGGAGGUUUGGACGUGGAUAAUGACGAGUCGCUAUCGCAGUCACUAGCAUCACUCACACAACUGGAAACAGUUACACUGUAUGUGAAGACAUAUAAACAGAUAGAGCUACCUCAAUCAUUGAAGUAUUUAAAUAUAUAUUGUGAUGGUUUGCUUCCAUCCAAAGUUCUUGAACUGGUGGACACACUGCUUACAUGUACUCAGAGAAUUGAAAGUAAUCGGAAAUUGUGUUGUUCUUUAGAGAUCUUAAUUGUCGAUAACAUACCACUUGAGGAAUACACUGUCAUCCAACAGGAACUGCAGACGCGGAAGAAUGUUACAGUGGAGAGAUUCCAAAUAUCAGACAGGAAACUUGAAACCAAUUUUGUUACACAAUGCGAAUAAUUCUACGUUCUGUCUUAAUUAACAAUGACUAGAAUCGUGCUUAGCCGUUUGAGAUAUCACUCAUGUUUAUCAACUAUGUAUUUAGGAAUUGUAUAUAGUGUAUAGUUGAAUCUUCA